GGUGUGUGAUUCAGUGCGGAAGAAAAAUGGCGUUGAAAACAAAAACAGGACUUUGUGCGAUUGUUCUCACAGUAACGGCAUUUCUGUUCGUUCUCAUAUCCUUUUGUACGCCCUAUUGGCUAGUCAACGAUGGCAAAAUUCCAAAACCCAACUUCCAGAAAAUCGGCUUGUGGGAAGUGUGCUUCGAUAACUUCGAAGACUUCCGCCACCACUACGACUUCAACUUCACCGGCUGUUGGUGGGUGUUCGAAGAAGAAUACUACAUAAUCCACGACUUCCUUUUACCCGGCUUCUUCAUAGCCACACAGUUCUUCUUUACUCUGUGCAUGACUUUGGUGCUUAUCGCCGCCUUCCUCACCUGGAUGUACUGCUUCUGCAGCCGCGACCACGACAAGUACUUACUGUUGCUCCUAAGCAACGGCGCCAAUCUCGUUAUCGCCGGCUUUUGCGGCUUGAUAGCCGUGAUUAUUUUCGGGGCCAACGGCGACAACAGGGACUGGAUGCCGUACUGGCAGCACAACGAUCUUAGCUGGUCGUACGCCUUUGGGGUUAUUGGUUCUUUGCUGUUGUUGCCGGCCGGAUCGUUGUUCUUGGUCGAAGCUAGACGUGCGAGGUACAGGAGGCUCCAGGCCUCCGCCCCGCCGUCCCAGUACAGCUUGGAAAUUAGGAAGCCGGCCCACACAGACAUAUAAAAUGUAACUGUGCCUUAAUUGUACAUAAUAAGGAAAGUAUUUCGCCUGGUUUCGUUGUAUUAGCUAAUUUUGUUAAAGUGGAUCUCAUUUUUUUUGAUAAUCUCUUUACAAUUAAAUUUUGACUGAAUAUUUGAUGAUAUUGACUAGUUUAUGUAAUGAUAUAGUACUUAUUACAAAUAUAAUUUGUUUUCUCAUUUUCCAAUGUAUGUGAGAUCUACUGUAACUGUAGUUUUCGUAUUGGCACAAGUUAAUCGUUUUAUAAAUAUUAUAAUUAACCAUUUUUAUGUAUACUGAUAGACAAAAUAUUUUAGAUGCUUCUUAAUUUGUGUAAUAAUUUGUAUUUAUUUUAAUGUUAAUGAUACUAAAAGUAUUUCGAAUGUAUUAUUUAAUUGAUAGUUUAUUUGUUUGACUAUUGCUUAAGUGUUAUUGCAUGAAAUGUAUUAUUUUUCAUCCGUCCAUAGGUGAUAAUACUUACUGAUUAAAGGUGAUUCUCACCACAGAAAUAUUUUCGUACAUUUAAAAUGUGCAAUAAUAUUGUUAGUUGUCAGGUAUUAUUUCAGUCAACCAACAAUGUUCAUCAUUAAGUCAUUAACUCAAUUAUAAUGCUAUAGUGACUCAAGUAUCUGACUCACUUAUUCACUUCUAUGAAAUAUUAGUGUCACAUUGAGUUUUAUAAAAUUGUACCUUGAUAUUUUUAUGUUGGAAUUCACCUUUUAAUAAGCAAAUUAAAAUUUUAGACAGGAGCACACUUUUAUAUACAAAGGCUCUCGAGAAUAAUAUUUUUUUGUAUUUUUGUAAGACAUAUUUAUACAAUAUGUGGUAUAAUUGUUUUGUACAAAAUAUAUGCUAAACAUUUAGUAAAA